GUCAUUGUAAAAAAUGACAAUCUUCCCCCUACUGAAUGGUGUCUGGGAAGAGUCAUCAAAGUUUUCACUGGUAAAGAUUCCAAUCACACCCAAAUGUCGAAUUUGCAAGGAUCGACAUUUCCUCAAACAUUGUCCCGCCUUCCAAGGAAUGUCUGUGGUAAGGAGACGAGAGGUAAUCAGAGAAAAGGGAUUUUGCUUUAAUUGCCUCUGUACCGCUCAUACCCGGAAUUGGUGUCCAUCACGAAAUAAGUGCAUGGUAUGUCAACUCAACCACCAUACAAUGGUACAUGUGGACCAAUCCUCAACUCCUAAAGCCACUCUUCAACAUAUGCAUCAACACUCCCAAAACACUACACGCAAGAUCGAAAAAAAUGGCCGUUCGUGCAACAGUCGCAAACCCAACAGCACUCAGCACCGUGCAAAAUCCAAAGCUCAAGAUCAGGAACCGCACCUACACUUCAGAGAACGGCUAAGCCAUCGGACAAGACAGCACGUUUUUCUUCCAACAUUGCUAGCUAGGAUCCCAACACCCGAUGGCCCAGCAAAAACGAGAAUUCUCAUGAAUUCCGGUGAGGUUCAAACAAUGAUUCUUCAAACCCUAGUCGAGCGACUGCAUCUUCGCACAACCAGAAAGGAUAACAAGGAGUACUGCACAUUGAAUUUGGAAUCAUACCAAGAUCCUUUAGCAAAAAUCCAGAUCAUAGGUAUGGUCCAAAAAAAGUUCCGAACAACUCUCCCCAAACCAAUCAGCGAACCAAAGCUGCGUGCCAUAUACGACCACAUUACCGAUCUAGCAGAUCCGAACUUCCACAAUCCGUGCAACGUCGAAAUUUUGCUGGCUAAUGACCAAAUACCAAGAAUAUUGCGAGCUGGGAUGAUCCAGACUUCCUCAAGUAUGCCUAUAGCCCAGAGCACAAUAUUCGGCUGGACAAUUUCUGGAGCUUGUCGCUACUAAUGUUGCAUUCAUGCAAGGCGGCCGGCAUGUUGAAACCAGUUCAACACCAUUAUUAUCUUAAAUGAAUUUAAAUGAAGUCAAAUGAAUUAUUAUACUGUAUUGAAUUUCCCCUACAUAUUUGUAUGAUUAAUGCUAGAAUAUGGCAACUCAUUGCUUUAGCCUGCAGCGCAGAUAAAAGCUUUCAUUUAGUACUAUAAGCCUAUUUGUCUCACUCCAACUUUCACCUAAUAGCUGAAAUUAACUAUUAUGAACCCAGCUUUAUGCUGACUUAGCCUCAUAGAACUCACUUGUGCAGCAUCAUUGACAGGAGGCGGUAAGGAGUAAUCUCUAAUAAAACUGUUCAAACACAUCAAACUGAA